UGAAGGGAAACAUAAUUUGAGGACGAAAACAAAUACUAGAGAGGGUAUAUAGCAGCUUCUGGAACACAAGCGCAUCCUGAGAUGGAGAUGGUAAGAAAAAAAAGGUUAAGUAUUUGGACUUUGAGGUGUGUUGACAAGGGAAAAAGAGAAAGAAUAAGAGGAAAUAAAGUUGAUGCUUUGUGGGGAUGAACUUUAUUCAAAAUGUAGGUUCUUUUGACAAAAAGGAGAGGGCCACGGUUUGGAGGUAGAAUUAUGUGCCCUGCAGAGGCAACUAACACCAAUGGUGCUUUUAUCAUUGUGUAAGUGGUUUCAUUUCCUCAAUCCUGAUUAUGUUUGUUUCCCAAACUCUUCUCUCAACUAGUUCAUACCACUAUCAUCAUAAAAUGUUAGUAGUAGAAAUGAAGCUAUGGCAUAGGGAUACGUAUAUAAAUCUUUAAAAACAAAAUGAAGCAGAGAAAAUAUAGAAUUAAAAAAACAAAGGAACAACAGAGCAUUAUAGCGAGAAGGUCAAAUUGGGAAAAAUGAAACAAUGGAGAGAAAAUCAAGCGUAGUGUGUGAAUAAAGCUGGGUUUGGUUUGAAACAAAGUCCAGAAACGAAAGCAGCCUGCUACCCAAUACCAAAGUAAACAAUUAUAAUACUAGUUAUUACCAAAAUAAAAUAAAGAUGUGGUGGAAAACGAACGAACCCGUAAACGAGGGAAGCCGAAUGCGCCUACUAACCCAAAACCUUCGCCAGAGAGAAUGGAAUCUCACUUCCCAUUGUCUCACCAACAUGCACUGCUCACCAACAUUCUCUCUCUGUCUCUCAAAUCUAAAAUAAUCCAAAUAAAAAAGUAAGAAUCAAAAUUAUGCUAAGCAGCCGCAUAUUAAAAACAAAAAAGCGAACCCGGCCUCCGCUAUCAACGCUUUCUCUUUCUUCUCCGCCCCUCAAAAAAAUCCAAAACAAAAUUCCAUCUUUCCUUCUUCUGUACUUACCAAGAGUUCACUCAACCCCCCCCCCCACUCUUUUUUAUUUACUUUGCGAAAAUUAAAAUGAGAGCAUGACGACGUCUUCUCAGCAGCAUCCACCGCAACCGCCCAAGACGGUGAGGAAAGUGAUCGUCGAAGUGGUUGACGCGCGUGAUCUUCUUCCCAAGGAUGGUCAAGGAAGCUCCAGUCCUUUCGUCAUUGCUGAUUUCGACGGUCAAAAAAAGAGAACUUCCACGAAAUACAGGGACCUUAACCCGGUGUGGAACGAGCCGUUGGAGUUCACGGUGUCCGACCCGGAUAAUAUGGAUGUGGAAGAGCUGGAAAUUGAGGUUUUUAAUGAUAAGAAAUCUGGGAAUGGAAGUGGCCGUAAAAAUCAUUUUUUGGGGAGGGUCAAGUUGUACGGGAGCCAGUUUGCCAAGCGAGGAGAGGAAGGGUUAGUUUAUUUUCCGUUGGAGAAAAAGAGUGUUUUUAGUUGGAUUAGAGGUGAGAUUGGGCUUAGGAUUUGUUACUAUGAUGAGAUUGUUGAAGAUCAGCCUCCGCCAGAAGAAACACCGCCACCGCAGCAGCAACAGCCUCCUCAAAUGGAGGAGCCGAAACCUACCUCCGUGCUUGUUCUUGGAGAGGAAGGUUCUGUUCCUUAUUAUCCUCAUGGACUUAAUGGCUAUGGUCACGGUCCUGUUCCUUGUUAUCCUUCGCAGUCCGUUGUGGUUGUCGAGGAAUCUCCACCACACCUUGUUCAUGUUCACGAGGAGCCACCGCCACCAGCGGAGCCAACGGCUGUGCCACCAAAUGUGGCGUCGGGAAUUCCGGUUCCUGAGGUACAUUUUCCUGUGCCAGAAGUGAGGAGGAUGCAGAGUAGCAGAGGCGAGAGAGUUAGGAUUUUGAAAAGACCAAAUGGAGACUAUUCACCUAGAGAAAUUGGAGGUAACAAAACUCAAGGUGACAACGCCGGCCCUUCCGCCUCCGCCGGCCCUGAGAGGAUUCAUCCAUACGAUCUAGUUGAGCCGAUGCAAUAUUUGUUCGUUAAAAUUGUUAAAGCGCGUAGAUUAGCUCCAAAUGAAUGCCCUUAUGUUAAGAUCCGUGUUUCCAGCCAAUGCCUCAAAUCAAAGCCGACGAUUUACCGUCCAGGUGAGCCAAACGACUCGCCCGAGUGGAGCGAGGUGUUCGCUUUAUGUUACAAUAAACAAGAAUCAGCGAACGCGACGCUUGAGAUCUCCGUUUGGGACACUCCGACUGAACAUUUUCUCGGUGGCGUCUGUUUCGAUCUCUCCGAUGUUCCCGUACGAGAUCCACCGGAUAGUCCUUUAGCUCCACAAUGGUACCGGCUCGAAAGCGGUGCGGUCGAUCAGAAUUCCAGGGGCGUUUCCGGUGAUAUCCAGCUUGCUGUUUGGAUCGGCACUCAAAACGACGACGCUUUUCCAGAAGCAAGGACUUCAGACGCCCCAUAUGUGGCGCACACUCGAUCGAAAGUUUAUCAAUCUCCCAAGCUCUGGUACUUGAGAUUAACUGUGAUUGAAGCUCAGGAUCUUCACAUCGCGCCGAAUCUGCCUCCUUUAACAGUGCCUGAAAUUCGAGUCAAAGCACAGCUAACGUUUCAAUCUGUACGGUCUAGGAGAGGGAACAUGAACAACCAUAGUAUGUCCGUGCACUGGAACGAGGACUUGAUCUUCGUCGCCGGUGAACCUCUAGAAGAUUCGUUAAUUCUGUUAGUAGAAGACCGUACGAACAAGGACGCGAUUCUCAUCCUCGGCCACGUCAUGAUUCCUUUGAUCUCAAUAGAGCCACGAAUAGAUGAGAGCCACGUGGCAUCCAAAUGGCUUGGUUUGGAGGGAGGAGCAGGCGGUGGAGGUGGGUCUUAUUUCGGGAAAAUUCACCUGCGGAUGUGCUUAGAGGGUGGUUAUCACGUGUUGGAUGAAGCGGCGCACGUAUGCAGCGACUUUAGACCCACGGCUAAGCAGCUUUGGAAGCCGGCUAUUGGGAUUUUGGAGCUCGGAAUUCUUGGGGCUCGCGGCUUGCUGCCGAUGAAAAACAAAGGUGGGGGCAAAGGGUCCACCGAUGCUUACUGCGUUGCGAAAUAUGGGAAAAAGUGGGUCCGCACUAGGACCAUAACGGACAGCUUUGAUCCACGCUGGAACGAGCAGUACACGUGGCAAGUUUACGACCCCUGCACUGUCCUAACUGUCGGGGUUUUUGACAACUGGCGUAUGUUUGCUGACGCUUUAGAAGACAAACCCGACUCCCGUAUUGGCAAAAUACGGAUACGUAUAUCUACCCUGGAGAGUAACAAAGUGUAUACCAAUUCGUAUCCAUUAUUGGUUUUGACAAGAAUGGGGCUAAAGAAAAUGGGUGAGAUUGAGUUAGCGGUUCGAUUUGCUUGCCCGUCUCUGUUGCCGGACACAUGUUCGGCUUACGGGCAGCCAUUGCUACCAAGAAUGCACUAUCUCCGCCCACUAGGGGUGGCUCAACAGGAGGCAUUGCGUGGAGCUGCUACAAAGAUGGUGGCGCAAUGGCUCGCAAGGUCGGAGCCACCACUGGGGCAGGAGGUGGUGAGGUACAUGUUGGAUGCGGAUUCUCAUACAUGGAGCAUGAGAAAGAGUAAGGCGAAUUGGUUUCGGAUUGUGGCUGUUCUUGCAUGGGCAGUGGGGUUGGCAAAAUGGUUGGAUGAUAUUAGGAGGUGGAGGAACCCUCUUACUACGGUGCUGGUCCAUAUUCUAUAUUUGGUGCUUGUCUGGUACCCGGAUUUGAUUGUGCCAACAGGGUUUUUGUAUGUGGUGUUGAUUGGAGUUUGGUAUUAUAGGUUUAGGCCCAAAAUACCUGCGGGCAUGGAUAUCAGGCUGUCCCAAGCUGAAACAGUUGACCCUGAUGAGCUCGAUGAGGAAUUUGAUACAGUACCAAGUUCAAAGCCACCUGAGAUAAUCAGAGCCAGAUACGAUAGGUUGAGAAUAUUGGCCGGAAGGGUUCAAACUGUUUUGGGUGACUUUGCAACCCAAGGUGAGAGGCUUCAGGCCUUGGUGAGUUGGAGGGACCCAAGGGCCACAAAAUUGUUCAUUGGGGUCUGCUUAGCCAUCACUUUGAUACUCUAUGUGGUGCCACCAAAAAUGGUGGCUGUCGCAUUAGGAUUUUAUUAUCUAAGGCACCCCAUGUUUAGAGACCCCAUGCCGCCGGCUAGCUUGAACUUUUUCCGGCGGCUUCCAAGCUUGUCGGACCGGUUAAUGUAGAGUUGAAGAAGAGUUGAUACAUAUAUUAGUAGUAAAUUUUUAGAUACCAGAUCAUGGGGAUGUGGUGGGGAAGAGGGUGAAAAACAAACAACUGUUUGUGUUGAAAAAGUUGUCCCUAAGCCUAAAUAACAUUGUAACGAGUGAAAAGGGAUUAAAAGGGCUAGUGGCAAGUUGUCAUUACAUCUUUUUUCGGUAUUGCAAUUGAUUGACUGACUAUUGAAAACUUGGAAUAAGAGAAAGGAGUUGGGGGACACAGUACAGACAAUUGGGUGAGGAGGAGAAAAUGGAGUGUUGAGGUGAAAAAGGGAUUUGAAACAAGAUUUUGAUUAUUGUAACGAUAUCGAUACAUUCAAAUUGUUUUCUGACGUAUAAAAGCCCACAUUUACUUACUUUUAUUCUAUCCUGCCUACUAUUAUGUUUUAUUUUUCCCAUU